GCGCGAUACAAACAGCAAUGUGUUUAGGGAUGCAUGUAUAUAUUUGUAGACAUUUACCCGCGGUUGUAUGAUUUUCAUGAUUCUACAAUAGAAAACGACUGUGUCAUCACAUGCACGGAUUUCAGUUGACAGUAGGAAUAUCAUUUUGAAAACAAUAAACUAUAAAGAAUAAAAAAAUAUAAAAACAAAGCAUUUUGCGUCUUUGAUUUGAGCCAAGAGGAAGCAGCUCGUGCGAAGCGUGGGAAGUACGCGCGCCGAUGCUUCACUGAUUCGGCCUGAAGCCACGAGCUCGAGUUUGGAGGAGCGGAAGACACGCGAUGGCCGUAAACUUAGACAAGGAGGCGUAUUACCGCCGGAUCAAGCGCUUAUACGCCAACUGGAAGAAAGGCGAGGAUGAGUUCGGGAAGGUGGACGCCAUUGUGGUGUCCGUUGGAGUGGACGAGGAGAUCGUUUACGCCAAAUCCACAGCCCUGCAGACCUGGCUGUUUGGCUACGAGCUGACGGACACCAUCAUGGUUUUCUGCGAGUCAAAGAUCCUCUUCCUCGCUAGCAAGAAGAAGGUGGAGUUCCUCAAGCAGGUGGCCGUCACCAAGGGCAACGAGAAUGCCAAUGGGCUUCCCCCCAUCACCCUGCUCGUGCGAGAGAAGAAUGAGAGUAACAAGGCGAACUUUGAGAAAAUGCUGGAGGCCAUUCACGCCAGUAAGGAGGGGAAGACGGUGGGUGUGUUCAUCAAGGACAAAUUCCCUGGGGAGUACAUGAAGAGCUGGAACGACAUGAUGACUGCCGAGGGCCUGGAGAGGGUGGAUGUCAGCGCUGUGGUGGCGUACACCAUGGCGGUGAAGGAGGACGGGGAGCUGGCUCUGAUGAGGAAGGCUGCAGGUGUGACCAGCGAGGUCUUCUCCAAGUUCUUCAAGGAGAGGGUGAUGGAGAUUGUGGAUGCAGAUGAGAAAGUACGGCACAGUAAGCUGGCGGAGUCGGUGGAGAAGGCCAUCGAGGAGAAGAAGUUCCUGGGAGGGGCGGAUCCCUCCAUGGUGGAGAUGUGCUACCCGCCAAUCAUCCAGAGCGGCGGCAACUACAGCCUCAAAUUCAGCGUGGUCAGUGAUAAGAACCACAUGCACUUUGGGGUGAUCACCUGUGCGAUGGGGAUCAGGUAUAAGUCAUACUGCUCUAACCUGGUGCGCACGCUCAUGGUGGACCCGCCACAGGAAAUGCAGGACAACUACAACUUCCUGCUGCAGGUGGAGGAGACCCUACUCAGCCAGCUCAAACACGGGGUGAAGCUUUGUGAUGUUUAUAACGCUGUGCUGGAAUUUGUGAAAAAGGAGAAACCAGAGCUUGUGGGAAAACUGACCAAAAACCUGGGGUUUGUGAUGGGGAUUGAGUUUCGGGAAGGGUCUCUGGUCCUGAGCAGUAAGAAUCAGUACAAACUGAAAAAAGGUAUGGUGCUCAGUGUUAGCCUGGGCCUCGCUGAGUUGCUCAAUAAGGAGGGGAAGAAGGAGCAGCAGAAGUAUGCACUGUUCAUCGGAGACACCGUGCAGAUCAAUGAGGAUGAAGCCGCUACGGUUCUUACUCCGGUCAAAAAGAAGAUAAAAAAUGUUGGAAUUUUCUUAAAGAAUGAGGAUGAAGAUGAGGAUGAUGAAGAGGCAGAUGAUGCUGAAGAGCUGCUGGGAAGGGGAGCGCGUGGAGUCGCCCUCCUGACCGACCGAACUCGGAAUGAGAUGACUGCAGAGGAGAAGAGGCGGGCUCACCAGAGAGAGCUGGCCAAUCAGGUGAAUGAGGAGGCCAAACGGCGACUGACAGAGCAGAAAGGAGAGCAACAAAUACAAAAGGCUCGCAAGUCCAACGUCUCCUAUAAGAGCGUGUCCCAGAUGCCCCGGGAGAAGAACAUCAGGGAGAUGAAGAUCUUCAUCGAUAAGAAAUAUGAGACAGUCAUCAUGCCUGUCUUUGGCAUUGCCACGCCCUUCCAUAUCGGUACCAUCAAGAACAUCAGCAUGUCGGUGGAGGGGGACUACACCUACCUGAGGAUCAACUUCUAUGUCCCCGGCAGCUACCUGGGCCGGCAGGAGGGGAACAUCUUCCCCAACCCUGAGGCCACCUUCGUCAAGGAGAUAACGUACCGCGCCUCGAACCUGAAAGCGGCGGGUGACCCCUCGGUGCCCUCCACCAACCUGCAGAACGCCUUCCGCAUCAUCAAGGAGGUGCAGAAGCGCUACAAGACCCGCGAGGCCGAGGAGAAGGAGAAGGAGGGCAUCGUCAAGCAGGACUCCCUGGUCAUCAACCUCAACCGCUCCAACCCCAAACUCAAGGACCUGUUCAUCCGGCCCAACAUCACUCAGAAGAGGAUGCAGGGCUCGCUGGAGGCUCACACCAACGGGUUCCGGUUCACCUCAGUAAGAGGAGAUAAAGUGGACAUCCUGUACAAUAAUAUUAAACACGCCGUGUUCCAGCCCUGCGACGGGGAGAUGAUCAUCGUCCUGCACUUCCACCUCAAGAACGCCAUCAUGUUUGGGAAGAAGCGGCACACGGACGUGCAGUUCUACACGGAGGUGGGCGAGAUCACCACGGACCUGGGGAAGCACCAGCACAUGCGCGACCGCGACGACCUGUACGCCGAGCAGAUGGAGCGCGAGAUGCGCCACAAGCUCAAGGCCGCCUUCAAGAACUUCAUCGAGAAGGUGGAGACGCUCACCAAGGAGGAGCUGGAGUUCGAGGUGCCCUUCAGAGACCUGGGGUUCCAGGGCGCCCCCUACAGGAGUACUUGCCUGCUGCAGCCCACCUCAAGCUCUCUCUGUAACGUCACAGAGUGGCCCCCAUUUGUUGUGACCCUAGAUGAGGUGGAGUUGGUGCAUUUUGAGCGUGUGCAGUUCCACCUGAAGAACUUUGAUGUGGUGAUUGUCUACAAGGACUACAGCAAGAAGGUCACCAUGAUCAACGCUGUGCCCAUCAACUCCCUGGACCCAAUCAAGGAGUGGCUGAAUUCCUGUGACAUUAAGUACACAGAGGGAGUGCAGUCUCUGAACUGGAGCAAAAUCAUGAAGACCAUCGUGGACGACCCCGACGGGUUCUUUGAGCAGGGCGGCUGGUCUUUCCUGGACCCGGAGAGCGAGGUGAGCCCAUUAAAUGCAGAUUCUCUCUGUCUCCCCACCCUCCCGUCUCUCUCUCUCUCCCCCCUCCCCUAUCUCUCUCUUUCUCUAGACUACAGUGCCUCUCUGGGUUCGGAGGAAGAGAGUGGGAAGGACUGGGAUGAGCUGGAGGAAGAAGCUCGCAAAGCCGACAAAGAGAGUCAGUAUGAGGACACAAACGAAAGCUCAACCAGGAAGAGGAAGGGCCGAUCCUCAGCCCCGCCCCCCAGAAGCAAGAAGAAGAGGCGGCGUUAAUGACAUCACUCACUCAAACACACACACACACACACACACACACCACCACACUCACAAACACCACCACACCACUCACUCAACACCA